AUGCCUCGCUUCUUCCCGCGCCUCACUGCGACGGGCCUACAGGCCACGGCAUACCUCGGCGGCAUUGCACUCUUCAGCAUCUCAUUCCUGGUCUUCCUAAACAGUAGCAUAUCCUUCGUGGUCACAGAAGUCAUCGGACAAAAGAAAGCAGUAGGAGACGCAGUCGGCACACUAGGUUUUGCAGAUGAGUUGCUGGCACUGGUUGCAUGUCCUCUGUGGGGCAUGCUGAGUGAUCGUAUCGGAGUAAGAGCUGUGGCAGUGGUGGGCUAUUGUAUCGUUGCGUUUAGUCUGGUGUGUCUUGUACAGAGUGCGAAUGUGUAUCCAGAUCUGCUACUUGGGAGGUUGAUGUUCAGUUUGGGAGGUGCUGCGUGCUCCACUAUGGUCACAGCGAUACUGCCAUCUAUGGUGGCUGAAAGAGGCGGGGCGGAUAAGGAUGAAGAGCGCGCUGGGCCUGAGGGACAUGCCGCGAGGCUGCGUGAGGAAGAGACGGGGGUGAGGAAUGGGAGCGUUGGUCAUGCGACUACGCCGAGUGUGAAUAGCGAGCUCACGAUUACUCCGGCGAGCUACGCAUCUGCAUCAAGACCUGCUACAAGUGCUUCAACGAAGAAUCAGACGGGACGAAACAGUACCGAGACCCAGGAUCACGACAGUGUAGCAGGCACUUCACAACUUGCCGGCCUAGUCGGCUUCUUUACAGGCGCUGGAGCCCUCGUAGCUCUGGCCCUCUUCCUGCCUCUGCCCGCAUACCUGCAAGAAUAUGGCCAAGCCAAGAGCGUCCAGAUCAGCUACUACAUCGUCGCUUCCAUAGCCCUCCUUGUUGGCAUCUUCAUUUUCUUCGGCCUCCGCAAUCUCCCCGGCGAAGAACACAAAAGCUUCUCUGCGCUGACCAAACCACCCUACGACGAGGCGACCAGCGUUGGACCCGAAGGCCACCUCCACACGACUCUCUCACCCGCACCUUCUUAUUUCCUCCUCGCUAAGGAGUCGAUCAAGCUGGGCUUCACAGACCCGGCCAUCGGACUUGGAUACCUCGGCGGCUUCGUUGCACGAGCUUCGUCAGUUGGAAUCAGCCUCUUCAUUCCUCUUUUCGUGAACGCCUACUUCGUCCGAAACGAACUGUGUACAUCCAACCCAGACAAUCUGACGGAUAUCAAGAAGAACUGCGAACGUGCGUACAAACUCGCCGCAGCACUUACCGGAAUUGGAGAGCUUGCAGCAUUGAUAUGUGCACCACUGUUCGGGUACUUUGGAGGCCGCGCUGCGAGGGCCAACUCAGAAUGGCCACUACUCCUAUCCUCCCUAGUCGGCGUUGCAGGAUACGUCUCGUUCGGUCUGCUGAAGAACCCCGACGCCUUCCACGGAGGAGGCGGCCAGUGGGCCUUCCUCUCGGUCAUCCUCAUCGGAGUCGGUCAAAUUGGCGCAAUAGUCUGCUCCCUAGGUCUUCUAGGUCGAGGCGUCAACGCCAAUGCGCCAGCUAUCGACAGCAGACCCGGAACAGCAAGCACACUACGACACACAGGCGUGGGACCAGUACAAGGCGAAGAAACUGCCGCCCUACUCCCAAGCAUAGGCACAGGCUCAAGAACAAGAUGUGAGAGCGUCAAUGUGAAGAUCGACAGGUCGAGGCUGAAGGGGAGUAUUGCGGGGAUGUACUCGUUAGCGGGCGGUGCGGGCAUUUUGAUUCUCACGAAGUUGGGAGGCGCGUUGUUUGACUCUUGGAUGGUGGGAGCGCCGUUCUUUUUGAUGGCGGUUUUCAAUGGGGUGUUGAUGGUUGCUAUUGUGGUCAUCGGGGGUGGGAGUGCGUUGGUGAGGCGGCAUAGGGUGGAUACGUCGCAGUUACGGUCGUAG